UUCGAUAAAUACACUGAUCGAAAUACAAUGCUGCGUACAACAUCCACCGUCAGCAGGAAACACGGAAUAUAUUUUGUCAACUUUUUACGGACAAAAAUUAAAACAAGAAUGGCAGCUUUGCAGCAAAUUGUGGAAAAUAAUGAACGCGCUGAGGCGUUAGUUGAGUCCCUCAAGUCAGAGAUGGCCGGGAUCCAAUAUCAGCUCGUGCUCCGCAAGAAACAAGAGCUCAUCACGGAAAACGCCGCACUGGAAAAGGAAAUCGAAGCUGCAUUGGCAGAGCUAGUGCAACUCGAACUCAAGAAUGGCAAGCCACAGAUAUUGGUCCCAGGCAACCGAUCAUUCUGCACCGACGCCGCCGCAGCAGCAGCAGCAGCGGUUGCUCCUUCAAAUGGACCUGCAAGUGAGACGAAAGCGCCUUCCGCUCCACCAAAGGAGAAAAAGGUAAAGGAAAAGAAAGCAGCUGCCGAGAAACCCAGUCCUGUUGCAGAGGCUCCAGUUGAUGUCGGCCGCUUGGAUCUGCGCGUUGGAAAGAUUAUUGAGGUGGGUCGUCACCCCGAUGCGGAUAGCUUGUACUUGGAAAAAAUUGACUGUGGCGAAGCCGCCCCACGCACGGUCGUCUCAGGCCUGGUAAAGUUCGUGCCGAUCGAGGAGAUGCAAAACCGUAUGGUUGUGGUCAUGUGCAACCUGAAACCAGCCAAAAUGCGCGGCGUGACCUCAGAGGCUAUGGUGAUGUGUGCUUCGACGCCGGACAAAGUGGAAGUGCUGAGCCCACCUGUGGGCGCAAUUCCUGGGGAUCUCGUUCACUGCGAGGGAUACACACGCCAGCCGGAUGCUCAGCUAAAUCCUAAGAAGAAGGUCUUUGAAGCGUGUGCUCCCGAUCUAAUGACGAAUGCCGACCUGGUGGCAUGCUACAAGGGCUCAGCUCUGCAUGUUCCUGGCAAGGGCAAUGUUGUCUCUCAGUCUCUGAAAAACGUGAAUGUGAAGUAAACCAAUAAACGAACAAACUCCGAUAAUUCUGACACGCCUCGUACUCCACUUGCUCAGCGUUUCAGGGAUUUGAUUUAAUUUUAUUUUACAGGAUUUUACAUCAACAUAACGACAUUAAAUUUAGUAUUAACAAUAACUUUUGUAUGUAUGUAUAGAUAAAGCAUAUGCAUAAAUACUCC